GGCGUUAUGUACGGCUGCCCUGUAACCCGACACCCGGCGCUCGCCACAGCUGCUCUCCAAACUGCUAUUUAAAAAAGGAAAAAGGAUGAAACUUCCACUCCUGACUCCUCAAACCCCCCAAGCACCAAACAUCCAGUAGCCGCUGUAGCUGUUGCCAACCCGGCAUAAAUGCCUACAGCACCCGGGCAGGACCGGACAGAAUCGCCCGCGGAUUAUUCCCGUCGCUCCACGGGAGGGAUUUAUGGUGGUGUCGCGCGCAGCAGACCGGUGGGAGAUCGUGCUCAUUCCGCACAACGGUUUAUCCGAUGCAUGAGACGACGGCUCGCGCUCUCGGGCAGCGACGCAGUCACGCAGAUUAACGGAUCAGGAUUUUGACUGCCGGGACAAAUGAAUACAAAUGAAUUUAGCGACCCGAAGGAGAGUCCGCAGAACCUCUCGUCUGGUGGCAAAGAGAGCUCUUCUUCUGUGUAUUCUACUUUAUUGUACUUCUUUUGGAUUCACCCAAGUACUCUUUGAAGAUGUGGAUGUGUUGCAGCGGUUGGCUCUGCGUGCUGAGCUCGGUUCUCGCGCCGUUCCCGCUGGCGUCAUCUCCCUCCACUCUGGAGUCAUUCUCACGACACGGGCACGAGUUACCACUGCGACACGCUCUGUGUUCCCACCAGAACUCUUCUGGAACUGCACUAUUAUCCUGAGCGUCCGAUCUCACCGCAUAAACUCAGCAUUUCUCUUCUCCAUCCUAUCUGGGAGUCGGAUUCAGCUCGGGCUGGAAAUUUCGCCCGGCAAGCUAACGCUUCACGCCGGCCCUGGGAAUGCCGCGGUCUUCCCGUACAACCUCCAUGACGGACGCUGGCAUCAUCUAGCCUUCCUUCUAAACGGGCAAUCAGUGACCCUACACUCUCCCUGCUCAGAGAGCAAUGGCGGAGUUACACAGAAACUCCCCAUACUUCCCGAACGUCUGAACCCUCGUGGAACAUUCCGCUUGGGCGGCAGCAGCGCUUUGCUUCCGGGUGCGGUACCCUUUGAGGGGGCGGUUUGUCAGUUUGACGUAGUUCCCUCGGCACAAGCCCAGCAGAAUUAUUGCAGCGCCAUCCGUAGGCAGUGCAGAGAAAAUGACACCUACAGGCCAGCGCCUCCUGCUCUACUUCCCCUCCCAUCCCGACACGCCCCACCACUAUUGGCCCACACAUUACCACCUAAUCGCACUUUCACUUUCACUCCCACUAAUUUCCUUUGGACAUCCAUAAAUGGUGCAGUAGGUUCUUCUGCUGCAAGAAUGAACGAUGGUGUACGACCUAAGCCUUCCUCUACCACACCUCCACCCCUUUCCUUGAUGCAAACAGGACUUGAACCUCCUUUAUCUUGGGGAUAUUUAAAUUCUGUCACCCCCAAACCUACUCUCAGGACACCCAAGCCGACUGCCUCAAAACCUGCGGUCUGGCUUACCCCCACCAAACCAGCUGGAUCCAAACCCACUCCAGGAAAAUCAUCUCCAAAAUUUAGCGCAACAAAGUCUUCGGAACCAAAGCCCACGAUUGCUCGACCAACCUCUUCCAAACUUGGAAGUUCAAAAACAAUUGGACCCAAAACUACGCCACCGAAAGCUUCCAAACCAACAGCUGUAAAACCCACGGCAAAGAAGCCAACACUUGCACCAAAGCCCAUCAAGAUCAACCCUACAAAGAAUACUUCUACUGGAGCUCAACCUAUCAGUCCUAACAAGAAACAAAAUACCAAUCUAAAACCGUUGUUAGACCCGAAACCGGCCACCCCCAAAAGACCCUCGCCAACCAACAAAAAGCCACUCCAGCCCAAAUCCGAACCAUACACCACACCACCAUCCCCAAAAUCCACCUUUGCCCCAAACCCCACACCCAAAAAGAACCUUCCAACACCCAAAUCCACUCUGUUCACCACCGCUGCACCAAAGAAACCACCAAAAACUCUUGAAACCCCCAAAGUCAAUCCUGACAAACCUAAAAUGCAUUACGUCACACCACGCACUCCAAGGUUUGCCGUCCAAACUGUGACCCUCCCAGAUUUCUACGAUUUCCAGAGCUUCGAGGUGGAGCCAACACACUUUUCACUUCUGGUUGGACCUCCAGGACAAAAAGGAGAUCCCGGGAAAAUGGGAAUUCCAGGACCUCCAGGGAAACCAGGGCAGCCCGGGACGAGAGGACCUCGGGGACCCCCAGGACCACACGGCAAGCCAGGUCGACCUGGGCCUCCAGGGUUGAAGGGGAAGAAAGGAGACCCUGGACUCUCUCCUGGAAAAGCACCUAAAGGAGAUAAAGGGGACAUUGGUCUGUCCGGUCCUGUUGGUUUAAUCGGGGUGGAAGGCCGCAAGGGACAAAAAGGCCACCCAGGACCACCAGGCCUUCCCGGGGAACCAGGGGAACAAGGCCCUGAUGGAGAAGCUGGAGCCAAAGGCUAUCCUGGCAGGCAGGGUUUACCUGGUCCAGUAGGGCCUGUUGGGCCGAAAGGUGCUCGGGGUUUCAUUGGAAUCCCGGGACUUUUUGGUUUACCUGGAGCUGAUGGUGAAAGAGGUAGUCCUGGUCCACCAGGGAAGAGGGGCAAGAUGGGUAGGCCGGGUUUUCCUGGUGAUUUUGGAGAAAGAGGGCCACCAGGACUGGAUGGGGAACCAGGUGUAAUAGGAGCUCCUGGUCCUCCUGGUGUCCUUGGAUUGAUUGGUGAUAUGGGCCCUGUCGGCAUAAUCGGUUUACCAGGACCAAAUGGACUGAAAGGUGUCCCAGGGAACGUGGGCGAGCCUGGACUGAAAGGUGAUAAGGGUGAUGUUGGGCUUCCUGGAGAGCAAGGGGAGAUUGGGUUUCAAGGAGACAAGGGUGUGCAGGGUUUGCCGGGAUUACCAGGACUUCGUGGAAAACCAGGACCACAGGGCAAGACAGGAGAGAGAGGGCCCAGUGGAUUACCAGGUCCACCAGGACCAGAGGGUUUCCCUGGUGACAUCGGAAAACCUGGACAAAAUGGACCCGAGGGACCAAAGGGUAAGCCUGGAGCCAGAGGUUUACCAGGACCUCGUGGAGCGGCUGGACGAGAGGGUGAUGAGGGUCCUGUAGGACCACCGGGGCCAGUAGGACUCGAGGGUCAGAUGGGCAGUAAGGGUUUCCCUGGGGCUAUUGGACCUGAAGGGGUCAAAGGCGAGCAGGGUGUCACAGGGAAGGCUGGACCCAUGGGUGAGAGGGGUCUUGUUGGCUUCAUCGGUCCUGCAGGGGAGGCUGGACUAGCUGGAGAGAAGGGUGAUCGUGGAGAGAUGGGUUUGCCCGGACCUUCAGGAGAGAAAGGAUCUACGGGGCACCCAGGAACCCCUGGAGAGAGCGGCCCAACAGGACCACCAGGCAGUCCAGGUCCACCAGGAUCACGAGGACCAAUCGGCAUGAGAGGACCUAAAGGAAGACGGGGUCCUAGAGGUCCAGAUGGUAUGCCAGGUGAGCUCGGCACUGAAGGCAAAAAGGGUCCUGAUGGUCCUCCUGGAAAAAUUGGCUUCCCAGGACACGCGGGGAAGAUCGGGGAGUCUGGGGAGGCGGGGCCAAAGGGAUUUUUGGGGAUUCAAGGGCCAUCUGGGGCUACAGGAGACAAAGGAAUUGCAGGGGAGCCAGGACCUCCAGGGCCCCCAGGAACACUUGGACCUCCCGGAAAUCCAGGGCCAAAGGGCCCUGCCGGAAAAGUUGGCGAUCCCGGACUUCCAGGAGAACCUGGGGAAAAGGGGUCACUCGGGCCUGUGGGGAACGCUGGGGCAGCUGGACUUAUCGGAACAAGGGGAGAACCAGGUUUAGAAGGAGAGGCUGGUCCAGCCGGCCCUGAUGGCGUGAAGGGUGAAAAAGGUGACAUGGGCGGAGAGGGCGAGCAGGGUGUAAGAGGUGACCCUGGAAUCAAGGGGAAAGAAGGGCCACCGGGCGACCCUGGGCUUACUGGCGUCAGAGGUCCUGAAGGAAAACCUGGUAAAAAUGGCGAGAGAGGGAAACCAGGGUUUAAGGGUGCCAAAGGUAACAUCGGUCACCUGGGAGAGACAGGAACCAUGGGAAAGAUCGGACUAAUUGGAACCACCGGACCAAAGGGCUCGCGAGGAACAAUCGGACAUGUGGGCGCUCCUGGGCGCAUGGGGCUGCAGGGUGAUCCGGGCAUAUCCGGAUAUGAGGGUCACAAGGGACCUCAAGGUCCAAUAGGACCCCCGGGACCAAAGGGUGAAAAGGGCGAACAGGGGGAUGAUGGGAAGGUUGAGGGUCCUACAGGUCCACCAGGACUCAGAGGUCCAACUGGAAAGCGAGGAGACAGGGGCGAACCGGGAGAUCCUGGAUACGUGGGUCAGCAAGGUGUUGAUGGUUUUCGAGGCAAACCUGGUGCUCCUGGACUUCCUGGUAAUCCUGGUCCACGUGGAAUACAAGGCCCCAAAGGAUCCAAAGGAGAACAGGGUCAGAAGGGUAAACAGGGUCUUCAGGGGGAACGUGGCAGCAGAGGGUCACCAGGUCUUGUUGGGUUGCCCGGCCCAAGAGGGACAGUGGGUCGAGAAGGACAGGAGGGCGUUCCUGGACUGGAUGGGCUGCCAGGCAAAGAUGGAAGCAGAGGAAUACCAGGUGAUCAGGGAGAUGAUGGCGAGUUCGGUUUGCCUGGUAAAUCUGGUGCACCUGGGAAGGUUGGCGUUAUUGGUUUACCAGGCCCACAGGGAUCAUUUGGUCCAAAGGGUGAGAGGGGCCUUCCUGGUCACCCUGGCCCUUCAGGAAAGAGAGGUUUUAAGGGAGGAAUGGGCCUUCCUGGACCUCAGGGAGACCGGGGUUCUAAGGGCCAACCAGGUGACAUCGGGGAACCCGGCUUUCCAGGGAUACUAGGAAUGUUUGGACCGAAGGGGCCUCCAGGAGACUUUGGACCGAAGGGCAUUCAAGGGCCUAAAGGGCCCCAGGGCAGCAUGGGUAGAGGGGGUUUAGCUGGACCUGUCGGUGUGAUUGGCCCUAUCGGUAGUCCAGGCACGAGAGGAGAUACUGGCAACAAAGGAGAAAUGGGUGUUCAGGGACCUCGAGGUGCUCCUGGGCCGCGUGGACUUCCUGGACUUCCGGGUCCACCGGCAAUCCCACUGGCUUUGAAACAAGAUUUCGGUCUUGGAGUGGCCCAGCCAGUUUUUAGGGAGACGAACACACAGAAAAUAGAGGGUCGGGGUCUGAUGGACAUGCCUAUGUUGGAUCAGGCUCCAGAGAUCCUGCGGACGCUCCAUUACCUGAGCUCUCUGGUCCACAGUCUGAAGAACCCGCUGGGCACACGAGAUCAUCCUGCUCGACUCUGCAAGGACCUGCACGACUGCCGGGACAUGCUUUACGAUGGCACUUAUUGGAUCGACCCAAACCUGGGCUGCUCCUCAGACUCCAUAGAAGUGACGUGCAAUUUCACCGGUGGUGGACGCACCUGCCUCAGGCCCAUCACCACAGCUAAGCUGGAGUUCAGUGUCGGACGCGUCCAGAUGAACUUCCUGCACCUGCUGAGCGCCGGAGCGGAGCAACGAAUCACUAUCCACUGCCUGAACGUGACAAUCUGGAGCCACACCCCCGCCCAGCCCCCGUCCCAGAAUGCUGUUCGGUUCCAUGCGUGGAGCGGAGAGACGCUGGAGCCGGACGUGUUAGCAGACUCCUGCUGGCAACUGAACGGGCGCUGGCAACAUGCUGACUUCCUGUUCCGGGUGUCGGACCCCACCUUACUUCCUGUCGUACGCAUAAGCAACCUACCGAAGACAACGUCCUCGUCGCGUUUUCACCUAGAAGUUGGACCUGUGUGCUUCCUAUAGUGUGUGUGAGAGAUUGUGAGAGUGUGCGCUCCUCAAACACACACCGACCUGCCCACAGCCCGCCCCCUUCAGUAUUCAGCCACUGAUUGGACUGCAGAAACAGAAAGAGGUGGUGUGGGCAGGGCUUUGGGGGACAUAGCAUUGAGACUCCUACAGUCUAAAGGAAAUCCCGCCCCUACCAGCCAUGGAUGUCUAAUCAGAUUUGAUUCCUCUAGAAAACAAGCCAAUCAUCUCGCAGGGACGAACACUCAGGACAUCCGGGGGCGGAGAAACUGCCUAGCCCUCUGUCUCUGUCUUUCUCUCUUCUUCUCUUUCUGCCUCAGCCUGUUUCUUUGGUGCUCAUUUUCUUUUGCUUGCUCCUUCAAAUUAAUAAUAAUAAUAAGUUAUUAUAAUACUUGUACUUUUAUAAUAAAAAAUCAACAGUUUAUUGAAGAGAUGAAUUAAGAUCAAUGAGAGGUAUUAUAUGUACAUAUACACUUAUUGUUUAUCUGAUCUUUUAUAUGGUAAUUUUGUCACAUGUAAAAAAAAAAAUGCUAAAGUGCAAUAGGAAAAAGAAGAAAAAAUGAUAAUUGAUUAUAUAUUAAGUGUGCGUCUCAAUAAGGAAAGUUUUUCAGGGGUGUUGUCAUUCAUUCGUGUCAUUUUAACACUCCAUCAGACAGGGAAGUGUGUGUGUUUGUGUGAAUGAGUUUUGGAAGUGACCGUCAAUGUGUGUGUGUGUGUGUGUCUGUGUGUGUGUUUAUGUGACGGAUCAGUAAACAAGUGAAGGUGCAUGUUUCUAUCAAACUUACAGACACACCUGCAGUGGCGUGCACCGGAGGAGGGGCCGGGGGGACUUGAACCCCUGCCCCUUUGAUCGCGAAAGUGAUCCCCCCCCCCACCCGAUUUCGCCCCUGCCCUCUGUGCACUCCACUGCACACCUGUGAAUAUCAACACAUGUGAUCCGCCUGAAGUGUGCCUGUCACUUUAAGUAGGUGUUUCUCAAUGAAAUGGGUGUGUCUACUUCAUAGGAGUUUAUAAGGGUGAAUCCCUGAUGAAAACAUGCCUGGGUCAUAUUUCACCCAAGAAGAAAAGGAAAGCAUAUUUUAAUAUUUGCAUUUUUACAGAAAUUUGCUUUACCGUAAUGCAUAUGGACAUAAUGCACCUUUUUGUAUUUGUAUUAUUUGCUUUGAUGAUUAUCAUUACAGAAAUGUUGAAUUGCUGAAACUUUACAGUAUUUCCGUAUUAACUUCAAAAUUUCAACUUUACAUUUUUUGACAAAGGCGUACUCUCAAGCUCAAAAUGUCAGCAGUUUAUUGCUUUCUUUUGAUUUCUGGGUAAAAUAUGACUUUGACAAAAUGUUCUUGACAGGUUUCGUGAGAUUCACUCAUGAAAGGCCCGUUCACACCAACGACGACAACGAUAAACACAUCGUUUUAAAUAUAAAAGAAUAGCGGAGUCCACACCACAGCUAUUGCGCACUAUAAUGGCACAGAGAAAAAUCACUUUCAGAACGACAGGGUUGCCAGAUUUUCAAAACAAAACCCGCCCAAUUGACCCUUCGCAAAGACCCGCCCCCCCCCUUAGUUACUGUUGCUUUGUCCGACAAGCCAUGGCGCUGUCACGCCACACAGAGGGAAAAAUACAUUGCGGAGCAAAGAGGACACUGACAACACGUCGAUACACAAGACAGAGCAGGGUACUUAUGAUAUUAAACGAAGUCCUAGCUUUCAAAUUGUGUUUAAGAAAUUUAAAAAAAAAAAAAUUAAGAAAUUUGAACAAUUAAAAACGUUUUGUGGCUCUUUAAUGUGUCGUGACAGAUUGCUGUAGCGCCUUAGCUCAAGCGGCUUAUGAACCAAUCAUCUCGUACUACUAGUUAAUUUAUAGCAUCAAAUAAACAUGAAUGAACAUCAGAAGGAAUGUUGUUUCAAAUGCGGAAAGACGUCAGUACACACCAUUUUUCAAGUUUAAGUCCACCAAGGUUAAUAUUGUAACUCCUGUCUGCUUUGUAGGACAAAAUGGCAGAUUCGGCGUUACGAUUGGUUAGAUCGCUUGUCAAUCAAACUCCCAGCGAAGGGUCAAUUGCUACUCAAAACUAUUCUAUAGUUUUGAAUAGUUCUAUACUAUUCUUGAUAAAAAAAAAUCCCGUUCCGGGGCGAAAAUACACGUUUUUGGCUGGGUUCCUCUAGUAAAAUUCGCAUUCCAGAGGCUAAAUAUCACGUUAUGUGGGGUCGCUUCAACCCUCGGACAUGAAAAACGACCCGCGGUGUAAAAGUAGCCCAAUUCCGCGGGAAAACUGCGGACUUGGCAACACUGCAUAACGAUCUUUUUUUUUUUUUUUUUUUUUUUACAGCUGAUGAACGACAAAAACAUUGACAGCCAAUCAGAAUCCAUUAUGCUUUAAGAGCGCGAGCAUUUGAAGCUGCAGACGACAUAACAGCAGCGCGCGCUUAGAAUAAACAGAACGAUAUCGUGAACGCUAAUAUAGUUAUCGUUCUUGGUGUGAACGGGCCUUAAAGGUUUGUCUCGCUAACAAUGGUGCUAAUUUGAAGCCGUUUUAAAAAGUGGAUCUUAAAGAUGUUGAUGCUUUUGUUUAGUGCCCGCGUUAUUCUGAAUUAUGAUGUUAGUGUGAAUUUUGUGUACUUUAAAGGUGCUCAGAAAAGGCAAAAUAUAUUUGCAUUAUGCGAUAAGCUUGUGCUUUCCUCUGUGGUACACAACAGUUUUGUACUUUCACCUCACUUGCUCAAACAUCAACUAAUGGCUUUUGUAAGGGAACACAUUUCCAUAGCUUUACGUUAUUAAUUGUCAUCAGAUCGUGUAUUAUCAUAUGCAAAUAAUGGUCGUAAUCUCGUGAACGAUAUGUUUGCGUUCCCUACAACAAGGAAACGGCAGUGAUGUUCUGUUCGAAGCUUUUUGUUUCUUUAUUCUUCAUGACCGUGUGUAUAAUUCUGCAGGCUUUGAUGUAUACAGUGAGUCCCUUUUGCUUAAUUUAAUGUUAUUUAAAUUUUACAAACGCGCUUUUUAACCAAAUUCUCUGUUGUGACAGAGUUUCUCUCCAGAUAACUUAAUUAUGCCAACUGCUCUUACGGUUGAUAGAUUUAUUUUAUGUGUAAAUUUGGGGUUCCAGAGAACAAUAUAUUGCUUUUUUUCGAUCUGUUUUUAUUUUUCUAUCCUGUUUAUUUUUGUCUAUAAUAAUAAUAAUAAUAAUAAUAAUCUAAAGUCGUACUGUACCAGGACUGUGUUCUAUAUUAUUUCUAAUGUUCUAAGAUGAAUUUUAAAACAUGUGAACGUUCCAUGUCAGAAGGUUGGAAUUCUGAUUACCUCAUUGCUCUGCCAUUUCUGUUUGUGAAAAAUCACCUGUCAAAUUCAAGGCUCAGUAAACUCAUCUCUGUCGGCUUCAUCAUAAUCAGGUUGUUUUUUCUCUGAACACGUCCUUCGUUUCGUUGUUCUCUGUCAGUUUUCCGUACUUGGUUACAUAUGUGGAUUCUGAAUUGGAAUUAAUGCUUACAUACCCAAUAAAAAUGUUCUUACACCAAAGUC